UUUAGUCAAAUGUCAAGUAUUUGCACUUCGGGAAAGCAGGGGUCUUCUUGCUAUUUUUGAGGAAUUCUUUUCCUGAAUCUGGGUGGUUUAGGUUUUUCUGGGCUAAAUCUUGGUGUUUUGGAAGUUUUUAUGGACACAGGAUGCCUGCAGGAUUUGUCCUUCCCAAAGCUUGGGCGGAUGGAGGAGGAGGCUGCGAGGAAGAGGAAGAUGCCUUGGGCCCCCCAGGCAGGCCCUGAGCUGAGGACGGAGAGCCCGGAGGACAAAUCCCCCCGUGAGACCCUGGUGGGAGAGGCCGUUUUGAAGGGCUCCCCGGCGCAGGAAGGCAGCGGGGAGGAAAAGGGCCGGAGAUCCCUUCACAGGAGGGGCUCCAAAGCCAGUCAAGGGUGCUCUGAGGAGGAAAGAGCCAGCCUGUGCUGGGAAGGUGGCUGGAGCUUGAGGGGGAGCUCUGACCUGGUGGUUCCUGACCAGCCUCCCAGCCGGGAGAAGCCCUUCAAGUGUUUGGAAUGUGAGAAGAGCUUCAAGAAGAGCUACCACCUGAUCCGACACCAGCAGAUCCACACUGGAGAACGUCCCUACACAUGUGGGGAAUGUGGGAAGAGCUUCAGUUCCAGCUCCAACCUCCUCACCCACCAGCACAUCCACACUGGAGAACGUCCCUACAAGUGCUUGGAAUGUGGGAAGAGCUUCAACCAAAGCUCCAACCUGAUCCGACACCAGGCCAUCCAUACUGGGGAGCGGCCCUACACAUGUGGGGAAUGUGGGAAGAGCUUCAGUGACAGCUCCAGCCUCCACAAACACCAGUGCAUCCACACUGGGGAGCGGCCGUACAAGUGCUUGGAAUGCGGGAAGAGGUUUAAGACCAGCUCACAUCUCCUCCUGCAUGAGCGGACGCACACGGAUGAGAGGCCCUUCCGGUGCACCAACUGCGGGAAGGGCUUCAACCGGAACUCUCACCUCGUCACCCACCGGUGCAUCCACACCGGGGAGAAACCUUACAAGUGUGGGGAGUGUGGGAAGAGCUUCAACCAGAGCUCUACCUUGACCUCACACCAACGGACCCACCAGUAAGGGAAGCCCUUUGAGUGCCCCAACUGUGGGAAGAGUUUUGGCCACUGCUUCCACCCCAAAUGAACCUCCUGAUGGUGAGGCAACCCGUGGAGUCCAGUGACUGGCAGUCAAUCCCUUUCUACCAGAAAGGGCCAGUCCCCUUUCCCAGGGGCAGGUUCUGCCAACAGAACCCUUCUUAGGGGGUGUAUGGAGAUGCCUGCCUUGGCUGG